AUGCGGUCCCGUGACCUGCGCGCUGGGUGUCUGCCGCCGCCGGAGUCUUUUUGCCUCUUCGGGCUUAGCGCCGCCAGCCCAUCCCUACUCCCGACAGCCGGAAGAAACCACGGUGACGACCUCGCCUGCGAGAAAUCCCCUCUCCGAGGCAUUGGCAUCAAUUGUCCAGGCUGCCCCCUCUCUGCAGCUGCUGUCGACGAAUCUUUCGUCCUUCUGACUACCCUCCUUUCCUCACGCCAUGCUGUCUCGUGCCGUCCGCCCGGCCCUCAGGGCCGGCAGUGCCGCCAUCUCUCGUCAAUUGCUGAUUCUCCAAGUACUGCUCCGCCGAAUGCCGCCAACUUCGCGACUCUGCGUGAAAUUGAGGGCCGCCUGAAGUCCAUCAAGAACAUCGAAAAGAUCACCAACACCAUGAAGAUCGUCGCUUCCACGCGUCUGACUCGUGCCCAGAAGGCCAUGGAGGAGUCUCGUGUUUACGGACAGACGUCCAACACCGUCUUCGAGAACGCUGAGACCAAGGCUCUGGACGGCAAGAAGACUCUUUUGGUCGUCGCCAGUUCCGACAAGGGUCUUUGCGGUGGUAUCCACUCCGGUCUCAGCAAGGCGACUCGCAGAAUCAUGGCCGAGAACGAAGGUGCCGAUAUCGUGGUGCUGGGAGAGAAGGCCAAGGCCCAGCUUAGCCGGACGAACGCCCAGAACAUCGUCCUGAGCUUCUCCAAUGUCUGCAAGGACAUUCCCACCUUCGCGGACGCCCAGGCCAUUGCGGACCAGAUCGCUCUGCUCCCCACCGACUAUGCCAGCGUCAAGAUUAUCUACAACAGGUUCAUCAACGCUCAGAGUUACGAGCCUGCCGUCGUUGAGGCUUACUCCGAGGAAGCCAUCACCAACUCUCCCAACAUCUCCGCUUUCGAGAUUGGCGACGAGGUUCUUGCCAACCUGCGUGAGUACGCUCUCGCUAACAGCUUGUUCUGGGCUCUGGCCGAAGGACAUGCUUGCGAGAUUUCGAACGCUUCCAAGAACGCCGGUGACAUGAUUCAGAAGAUUUCCGUUCUGACUCCUUCCAGGUUCCAGAUUCUGUACAACCGACAGCGUCAGGCCGCCAUUACUGGCGAACUGGUCGAGAUUAUCACCGGUGCCACCGCCAGUGAAGACAUGUCCUAA